GUAAGUUCCUGACCUGUGUAGUUCAGGAUCCUGGAGCUAGUGCUAGUGCGUCCGGUAAACCUGUAAUUCUGCUCCAGAUGGACAAUGCCCGAGAGUCGCCCACUGACAAAGGUGGAGAGACGAAGGAGUCAGACGAAACGGUCGCUGCUCCCAGGGAGCUGGGAGCUACCGAUGCCGAUAGAAUCCCAGAGGAAACGGAGGGAGACGGAGAUGCGGACUUGAAAGAAGCUGCGGUGGAGGAAGGCGAGCUCAAGACUCAGGAUGUCUCAGAUUUAACAGCAAUUGAAAGGGAAGACUCAUCAUUACUAACUCCUGUAGCCAAAAAACUGAAAAUAGAUACCAAAGAAAAGAAAGAGAAGAAGCAAAAAGUGGAUGAAGAUGAGAUUCAGAAGAUGCAAAUCCUGGUUUCUUCUUUUUCUGAGGAGCAGCUGAACCGUUAUGAAAUGUAUCGCCGAUCAGCUUUCCCUAAGGCAGCCAUUAAAAGGCUGAUCCAGUCUAUCACUGGCACCUCUGUGUCUCAGAAUGUUGUUAUUGCCAUGUCUGGUAUUUCCAAGGUUUUCGUUGGGGAAGUCGUAGAAGAAGCCCUGGAUGUGUGUGAGAAGUGGGGAGAAAUGCCACCACUACAACCCAAACAUAUGAGGGAGGCUGUUCGAAGGUUAAAGUCAAAGGGACAAAUCCCUAACUCGAAGCACAAAAAAAUUAUCUUCUUCUAGACCAAAAUCUAGAAAUACCUAUUACUGACAGAAGAAGUACAUUCCAGACUUCCUAUAAAUGAGACAUUCUGCGCUGGUGCUUUAGUAUCUCUAGUCCAAGGAUUUCAUGAUUUUAGUAUUUUUCUCAAAACGCUAAUAUCUGUAUACCCAGAAGGCAUACAGCUUGUUUCAUACUUCUCUUGACAAAUUUUGGGACCUCUUAGGGUAUUUUGAGGUAUUUGUCUCUUCGCUAGUUGGAAGAAAGGUGCCUGGGCCUUAACUAUCUUCUGGACAGGAAAGCUUUCAGAGAGAGAAAACCUUUCUGAGACAGCAUGGUUUCACAUUGAAGCUUAAAUUAAGAUGCUAAGAUAGGUUUUUUCCAAUGUCUGGUUUUAAGUAGAUGAAACCAUCAGAACAUUUGACUUGUGAUCCCCUAUCGUGAGGAACGUAAUGGUAGCAGUAGUAAUAAUUUGUGCUUAUAAGGAUUUAAGAUUCUCUUAUGGAUUUUGUUGAGUUAUCAUUAAACUGUUUUCCAAUUUGCCAAA